CAUGCGCUUCAGCAGUUUAGCAAGACAAGAUAACACAAACUUCAAAGCGUCGGUUGUUUGGCGUGUCAACUUUUACUUCACCGUAUAUUUUCGGUUAUAACAUGGGGGCUUUGUAUUUCGCCCGAGCAGCGUCCGCUGUCGGCGUUCACUUUAGAAACUCUCCCCCUCGGUAUUUGUGUGGGAAGUUGUUUGGCUGUGCUGCAGCUCCGGUGAAGUGUUUGAAGCAGUUCAGCUACGAGUCGAGUCUCUAUUACUGCUAUCAGCUUUCUCACAGGACUUUACUCCAGAUCCGGGGCCAGGACACGAAUCCGUUUCUUCAAGGGAUUAUCACCAACGACAUGGAGCUGCUUGAGGAGCGCAGAGCCAUGUAUGCACACAUGUUAAACGUGCAGGGGAGAACGCUUUACGACAUCCUGCUGUACAGCCUGAAAGGUGAAAAUGCAGGACACGGUGUUCUCCUGGAGUGUGACAGCAGCAUGAAGGACUCAAUCUUGAAACAUUUGAAGAUGUAUAGAAUCCGCCGGAAGAUCAACGUCAGCUCUUGUCCAGAGCUUUGCAUUUGGGCAGUGCUCCCCCAACAAAACCGCGCAGAUCAGGUGGCAAAUAAGCCUGAGCUGUCUUCUCCAGAACAAGCCCAUGUAUGGGAGGCUGAUCCUCGAACCCAGAAAAUGGGCUGGAGACUGGCAUUGGAUAAUAAUGUAGACCCUGCAGAUGUCAUAGCAUCAUGUCAGCAAGCUGACACAGAGGACUAUCACAGACAUCGCUAUACUAUUGGUCUACCUGAGGGAGUCAAAGACCUUCCUCCUGGGGUGGCAUUACCCCUAGAGUCAAAUCUCGUCUUCAUGGAGGGCAUCAGUUUUAGCAAGGGCUGUUACAUCGGCCAGGAGCUUACAGCAAGGACUCAUCACACCGGGGUGAUUCGGAAGCGCCUGAUGCCAGUACGCUUGUCAGCUCCAGUAAAAGACCUGGAGGAAGGAGCACCAUUGCUCACACAGUCAGGGAAACCAGCUGGAAAGCACCGAGGGACGAUGGGAGAGUUAGGUCUCAGUCUAAUCCGCACCGCUUAUGCCAAAGAGGUGUUGACGCUCAAAUCUGCCGAUACCACGAUCACUUUAGAGGCCUCUGUACCUGACUGGUGGCCUCAGUCCCCUUGAAGUAAAAGGGGACUGUCACAUAGUUGGCUAAAAUGUACCAUGUCAUACUUCUUGUAAACAAGGGGGUAUGUUGCACUUUCUACCAUUACUGUGGUAUUGUUUUUCUUUUAAAUAUUGUUGGCUGUUUCCCAAAGCAGAAAAUAACCAUAAAAAUGUUGCAAUUUAAUAAAUGUGCAGCUGCAGGAUAUUACGACUGUUCAGUUGCGUGGGUGGUUGUGGAAAAAAUAUGUACAAUGGCAAUAAAAAACAUUUAUUUAGUACUUUUUUUUCUCCAAGAUACAUUCUUCACAUUCAGUGACACAUAAGGACGCAGGAUGCGUCGGGUACAACGUAGUGGUACAUUUGCCAGGUGUCAGUGACAAAUCUAAGCUAAUUAGCAAAGCUAACUUUGUGCUAGUGGAUUAGAUUUUCAGCUAACCUUAAAAACCACGAGUGGACCAUCUAGCUUCCACUAAAUUUAGUUCCAACUUUGAGUCCAUUAAAUUUUUUUUGUAAAAUAAAUUUUAACUAAAGUCUUCGUUAAGCCUAAAAUAAGCAAAAUCGUGCAAAAGCAACAAGCGUCACAUCAAUGAUGGAGGAGCAGGUCAAGGCAGAGUGACUGAACUGACUAGAUCAUUAUUUUCUAUCAGUUUUUAUGUUGUAUUCAUUAUUUGUGUAAUACUUUCUAUACUGUGAAUUAACUGUUGAAUGGAAAGUGUUUAAUUUCAUUUGUUCAUGUAAUUAUGUGCAUCUUGAUCAUCUCAUCACAGCGUGCGUAACCUUUUAAGGGGAAACCUCCAUGUUAAUGCUACAUCAUUAAAAUUUCAGCACAUUGGGUCAGUUUUUACAGAAGCAUAAUGCAUUCACUUGAGAAAAACAAACCUAUUUUACUGAAUUCACUGAGUUUCUCAUUAAUUCAGAAAAUUAGGAUUUUUUUUGCUAUGAUUUUCUAAAUCAUCUUUAUCUCGCCUACAAACCAAGCAUUUUGUUCUGAAUUGAGUUUUUUUUUUAAUCAGGUUAAGUCAGAACAACCCUGAAUUAACCUGAUGACUCAAAAUCCUGCCAGAAUCACCCAACCUACGAUGCAGCUAAACAAUUAGAGCCAACAGGG